GGUGAGUUACCUCCAUUAGGCUUCUCACCACUCAUCUAUCAAGGAAGAACAAAUAUAUCGAAGGGAAAAAAAAGAAAAAACGAAAGUACGAAUAAAAUGGCAAAGAACUACGGUGUCGCCGCCAUCGUCGCCGCUCUUUGCCUCGUCGGCGUCGUCCACUGCGUCGAGUGUCUCACGGUCGAAGGCCCGGUCUACUGCGACACCUGCCGCGUGGACUUCCCGACCCCCCUCAGCUAUGACUUGAAAGGUGCCAAGGUGAAGGUGGAGUGCCGCAACAAGACCACUAACGAGGUCACUGUCUCGAUAGAGGGCGCCACCGACGGAUUCGGCUGGUACAGGAUCCCCGUGGAGGGCGACCACGAGGAGGAGCUGUGCGAGGUCUCGCUCCUUGACAGUGGCGACGAAACAUGCAGCGAGCUUCUGGAAGGCGCGGUCCACAACGCCCGCGUAGCCCUCACCAACAGGAACGGCAUCUCCCACCAGACUGCCCGGUUCGCCAGCUCGCUCGGCUACGCCACCAAGGAGCCCCAUGCUAACUGUACCAAGGUUCUCCUUGAGAUGGGUGUCCUCCCCCCCGAUUUCUUCAACAACUAAGUUGACCUAAUUAAUAUGUAUAAGAAACAAACAAGGGAUGUGAUGAUCAAUGGGCCAUUUUGCUCAAUCUGAUGAAUAAACAUUGAAGUUAAUUACAUUUCUUGUUUGUUUUUAAUCAAUUUAGUGCUCAAUAUUUUUUGAGCUCUUUUUGUUUGGAGACGAAAUUGAUCAAUUGUGAGCGCUUAGGGGUAGGGAGUGGUCAGAAGAUGAAUUAAUAUAUGAUACUCAUUUCCCUUUUA